ACUCUCGACAUUUCCGGGUGAGUUAUCUGCUCCUAGGUGUCCAGUUUGUCAACACAAAUUAAUUAUUAAAGUUGUUAACAUGUGAGGAUUGGCCACUGAAAUGGAUUUAAAGACCAGGAUAAAAUCAAUUCUUAAAAAGCAGGAUUCGGUAGCAUCUUCCACAGAGGAGGUCAUUAACCAUGAUUCCUUCUCUGGGGGACCUGUUGUUACGAAAUACAAGCAAGUAAAGCCAAGUAAUCCUCAUGAAGAACAAGAGAUAUUGGACAGCAUUGAGAAAAUUUACUACAACACAGAAGGUAUAGACACCAGCCAUUUUGAACUGAGGAAACAACCAGAAGUCCUGGAUUUGGGCGACAUUGAUUUAGACAGAAUACGACUUCGAAAACAACUACAAGUUGUAUCUAAGAAAGUGUCAGACCUGGUUUUGCAGAACCACCCUGCUUACGCUCAGGAACUUCAAAGAGUGAUGGACCUUCAGAAGACUCUGCAAUACGCGAGUGUUAUCUGUGCAAACGGAAGAAGCCAGCUAUCAGUUGCCAGGAAUACCUUCACCGCAGCCAGUCUGAACAUGUUAGCCAGUUACAGAAAGCGGCAACAACUGGUCAGCCUGCUAAAGUCCCUAAGGACCAUCAAAACACUGCAAAGAACGGAUGUGAGACUACGAGAACUGAUGGAGGAGGAGGAUUAUUGUGGGGCCAUCCAACUUUGUCUUGAAUGUCAGAAGGCAGCUAGCACCUACAGACAUUUCACCUGUAUAAGUGAGUUGAACUCUAAACUACAGGACACCCUUGUUAUGAUAGAGGAACAAAUUGAUGUGGCAUUAUCGAAAACCUGCAGCAAUUUUGAUGAGGCUCAUUAUGAAAAAGUCCAAACAGCAUAUAGACUUCUAGGAAAAACUCAGACAGCCAUGGACCAACUUCAUAUGCAUUUCACGAGUGCCAUUCAUAACACAGCAUUCCAGAUUGUUUUAGGUUAUGUGGAGCUGUGCUCCGGAACAGGGCGAGAAAAUUUCCACAAACGACAGUACACAGAUUUAUGUAAGAAUGUCACACAAGAAAGCUUUACACCAUGUUUAAUUGACCUGAGCAAAGCAUUAUGGGAGGUGAUGAAGAGCUAUCACAAGACGAUGUGUUGGCAUGAAGAACAUGAAGAAGAUUCAGAGGAAACAGAAGAUGGCAAAGCACAGGCAGACUUCAACAAGCACUACAUUAAACAAAAGUUGGAACAUGGGUUGAGUCGAAUUUGGCAAGAUGUUCAGUCCAAAGUGAAGAUGUUUGUUUUAGGCACAGAUCUGUCUGGAUUCAAACUGGAAGAAUUCAUCCGGGUUCUGGAUCUAGUCAACAGGAUGAUAGAGAUCGGAGAAGAAUUUUGUCGAAGCAAGUCAGAGGGUCUACAGGACUCACUGAAGCAACAGAGUCUCAACUACUUUAAAAAUCACCACAGAUACAGAAUGGAGGAGCUGCGAAUGUUUCUGGAGAACGAGGGCUGGGAGAUGUGUCCUGUCAAAUCCUCCUUCUCAUUUGUCCACUUACUGGGUAAUAAAUUGCCAUUAAAACAGGAAUUUCGCUUUAUGAAAUCAUGGAUGAAAUCCCCGAACACAUCACUAAAUUCCAGCACCGCAGACGACUUAUCAGAAGGUGGCGUACUGAACUCAUCCAAGAGGCGGUACUUUGUGGAGGAGGCGGGGAAGAAUCCAUUCGAUGAAAAGCCGGAUGAAGACGAAAAUGAAGACUUUUUCUCAGGGUCAUGGGAUGAUGAAGAUAAUGGAGAUUUGAGUGACAGCGAUUCGGAUGUACCAGACGAAUUGAAGCAAGAUUAUAUUGAUGAGUUGACAGGAGAGGGAAAAUCAAAUAGUAGGCAAAUAAAGAGAAGAAUAUCAAGAGGUCGGAACGAGAAGUUUAUUCCCAUUGUAACCAACACAACACUGAAUGUUAUGAGAGUUAUAGGGAAAUACAUGCAGAUGAUGACAGUGCUGAAGCCCAUCGCUUUUGAUGUCAUCCUUUGCAUGUCUCAACUGUUUGACUACUACUUUUACACUGUCUACUCCUUCUUUGGUGCUGAUGCAGUGUUGAUGCAUGAGCGCUCAAUCAACAACCGCCUCAGCAUGGCUCUGCAGAGAAUCCAUUCCAAUCUGAUCGCAGAAUCUCACGUACCUGGGGCCCCUCCUGUAGACCAGACUGACAAUUUGGAGAAAAUGCCCCAAGCUUACUUGUCCCCGAUAGUGGACCUCCAUAGGAAGGAUCAGCUCUAUGGUUUAGCAGAACGUGUGGUAGCCGUGGAGUCACUAAUAUUCCUUGCCAAACAACUAGACCUUCUACAGCCACACCUGGAGUCCAUGAUUCCCUCCAACAAGAAGGCUUUCCUGCAGCAAUUUUUCUCACAGACAGUGAAUAUGGCAGAGGAAGUGAGAAAGCCUGUCUACUGGAGUGUGUCGACUCAGGCAGUGAACUAUGACCUAGUUCAAGGUCAAAUGAGCUCUGUCCGAUGGGAUAUUAAGGACAUCAUGUCGCAACACAAUCCGUAUGUGGACAGCAUGCUUAGAGGCUUUGAGUCAGUAGCCCAGCUUUUGGUUGAGAUCAACAGGAGGGUGCCCAUUCCAAGGGUUGUCUAUCAAACUCUCUGGGAGCACUGUGUGAGGCUGGCUAACAGAACAUUUGUGGAGGGAUAUUCCAAUGCCAAAAAGUGCAGCAAUGAAGGCCGUGCUUUGAUGCAGUUAGACUAUCAGCAGUUUCUUAUGAAGUUAGAUACUAUAAUUGACCUCAAGCCUAUUCCAGAGAAAGACUUUGUAGAAAGCUAUAUAAAGGCGUACUACCUUCCUGAAAAUCAGUUAGAUUCCUGGCUUCAGGAUCAUAAGGAAUAUUCCAAUAAGCAGUUUUUGGCUUUAAUAAACUCAGUAGACCACAUCAAUAAGAAAUCCAGACAGAGGCUUGUGAAUCUUGUGGAGGACAUGGACCGUAACAGACGGUGAUAUCACAGAAACUUAGAAAUUUCAUUCAAUGGGAAAAUCUGUUUUAGUUCACAGAGCAAUGGUUUUCUACAGGGACAUUCCAAAGUAUACUUCAGAAUUUUAUACAUAAAAUGUAUAAUUAUUUGAUAAUUUAAAAGAAAACAUCUCCAAGUAUACAUAUGUAUUUGUGCAUUAAAUCUGUGAUACUCAUUCUGUAUGUUAACCAUAGUGCAAUAAUCUGUUUGUUAAUGAAUAUUUAUGUAAUGAUAAAUCACUAUGUAUAUCAUGAUGAUAAAUCACAUGUAGGAUGAACUUUUCA